AACGUGGAGCGCCAGUCUGCAGACAGAACUCUCUCGGCUGAGGUGGUCUACUUCCUGUGUCUGGGAUCCAGGCAUUAUGAAUGGAGCUCAGAGCUCUGUAUUGUGCAGCCAGGAUCUCAUGGAGGAACAAUGCAGCUGGAUCUGACCAUCUGAUGUGAGAAAAUGUCUACUUCUGGGGAGCUGGAGGAACUGCGCAGAUUGAACAAGUCUCUCCUGGAACGUCUGGCGAGAAAACAAGACCAGUUUAGGAAACAGAAUCCUGCAAACAGAGCUGAACCGAGCCGAGACCAAGAUGGAGGCACUGCAAGGGUCUGGAAGGACCGUCCUCGAAUAAAUAGAAAGAAGGAUCCCCCUUUAUCGGCCAACCGCGGUUUCUCAUCACUCGCUAGAAAAGGGCACUCUACUCCCAAGAGGACCUGUCGUGUGGAGUCAUUGGAUCCUCUCGGCUCCACGUUCGAUCAGACCGAUGUCUCCUCUCAUGGCCUCCAUCACAGUUCAUCGGAGAAGGUCGGCACUGGUGAUGACGUAAUAAGAAUCCGAUCUCCUGUGAAACGCCUGACCAAUGCAAGUUCUAUGGCAGAUGUUUCUCCAGACCUGGAGGGGGACCCACCUCCGUUCACCAGGCAGUACGUGGACCACUUAAUGGAUGAAGGGAACAUGAGGGCCAAGGAACCAAGGACUCCGAAAUCUAUUCUGGUCACACCAAAUCGAACCCCCAAGAGAGAUCACGGACGUGUGACUUUCCUGUCCAGCUCAACACCUCCUCAUAGUAACCAGUGGACUGGGCACCCCUUACUGGGCUAUGAUUUGAUAGCAGGUCUGCUGGAAGUGAACUCGGGGGUCACCAAUAAACCGGAUGAGUUCUUCUCGGACAUCAGUGAAUUCCGACGGGUCAACAAAGAGGAAUGUAUUCAUGAUUUAUUAUCCAGAACUGGACAGGAAGAAUCCUCUGAAUCUGAGGAAGAGCCGGACCUCACUCUGGACACUCACCAAUGUGUUUACUGCUACAGGGUGAACAGCCGUCUUUUUAUAUCCCCCUUAGGAGCGGAGUCUGCCUGUCCUGUCUGUAAGAAGCGCAGGGGCAGGCGCCGCACAACAUUGGAUGAACCGGCUUAUGUCAGGGUCAGUAUUCCCAGGUCUACCUUGCUCCCUGCUUACAAGUACAGAGCUCAUCGGAGGAAUAGUUUUGACCCCACAGACACCUUGGCUUUGCCGUCGCAUUGUUUGGCGGGAUGGGAAAACGCCGUUCCAUCAUGCGACCUCCGCGUCAGCAGCCUCGACCUGAAAACGUCUGUAGAACCCAGCGCAAGGACUGUGGCUUCAUCCGCUAAUGUAACCAUGGACAGUGCGUCUUACUACGCUUCCAGGGCGAGGUCUGAGAAUCUCCUGAAUCUGUCCCGUUCCAUCACUUUCCAUCACAAUGACGGCAAAUAGUCUGUAUGCAGAAGAAGCAGAGCGCUCCCCUUAACUCUCCACGUUCCAAUUCUCAGGGAAGAAUGGUAACCGCAAGCAGCUGUGAAAAAAACUUUUAUCAAAAAACUGAUUUUUAAAAGGAAUCUAUAUUUUUUUAGGAUAUAUAGUAUAUGUGAAUGUUGAAUGCAUUAUAUAAAUAACCUGAUCUAUGUGUGUUUUAUAUCUUUAA